GUCAAAUACAAUAUUUAUGUUGGUCAUUCAUUAUUUCAAUUGAAUGCUUUGCAAAAUUAGUCCUGUAGUACGUUCAUUAGUACGAUUUUCAGGAAAUAAUUCUUGGAAAAUUACCAAACUAAAUCAUGUUGCCAUUGCUGUACCGGAUCUAGAAAAAGCUGCUUCAUUUUAUCGAGAUAUUUUAUACGCUGAAGUUAGCGAACCAAAACCUUUUAAAGAACAUGGUUUCAUCAGAAUGUUUGUACGACUAGGCAAUGCUAAUAUUGAAUUAAUUCAACCUCUUGGUGAUAAUAGUCCUAUUAGUAAAUUUAUAGAAAGUAAUAAGAAUGGUGGAUUACAUCAUCUUUGUGUUGAAGUUGACAACAUAUACAAUUGUUUAAAACAUUUAAAAGAAAAAAAUAUCAGAACAUUAAAUGCUGAACCGAAAAUUGGAGCAUCAGGGGUACCUGUCCUGUUUCUACAUCCUAAAGAUACAUGCAAUGUACUACAUGAAUUGGAACAUGUUCCAGAAGACCAUGAUUCUCACUGAUAUACAUUAGUGUGUGUGUGUGUUGUAAUUAUUAUUAUUAUUAUUGUAAUUAUUCUAGAAGAUAAUAUGUUAAAUUAAUGAACUGAUUUUAAAAGUUGAGCUUAUAGCUUACUAAAAUAAGUUAUACUUUUUUUACUUACGCUUGUUAACCCUCUUGAAGGAGCAUAGGCCGCUCACCAGCA